AUGGCGUAUCCAACGAGCACCGUUCUGGACGAGCAGCAAUUAUUGCUUGAUUUAUUUUCGGAAACUCCCGCUGAGUGUCUAGAAGUGUUUCAAAAAGCACAAUUGGGAAUAUCCGAUCUCUUGACAGUGAAUGAAUCUGACUUCAUUGCUAAACUAUCCACUUGUCACCUUCCGUUUGAAGUUGGAAAAAUCUGGGACUGGAUUACCAGUUGGCGCAAAAGAAACAACCUGCAAAAUUGUGUAUUUGUGCAUGAGGUCGCGAGUCACCCAUUCGGUGAAACUCUUGGACAGCAACAAGCUGUAUCAGAUGCACCGGAAUGCAGUAAACCUUCUUGUGACGUGGUUUCGACAUUAAAUGUCCCAGAAGACGCUCAAACAAAUUGUGGAAUCAUAAAUAAUUCGGACGAUCCUUUCGAUCGAGGCGAAACUCAGAUCACCGAUACCGCUGCUACAGAGGGAGAUUUGCUGAACAUAAAAACUGAGCAAUCUGACGACGAUGACGUCCAGUUUCUAGCCAAUGAUGCAUCGGUAAACAGAUCAUAUGGACCACCAGCAACGCUUACGCCGAAAUACUUUCGUUACCUUCUAACACAGUCUGAUCACGGUAAAAGGGUACUGGAAACUGCAGCUACUCACACACUAUCCGACGCCGGACAAAAGCUAGUUGCCGAUACCGUAGCCAGGUUCCAUUUGUGUCAAAAGCGGAAGACCACUGCAGAAUCAUUGAAUGAUCUCAGUGACAUCAUAGUACGUGUUUUUGUGAAAGAGUCUAAGGACACAUACUACAUUCCAAAAGGAAAUCGAUCGAAUCCUGGCGGUAAAUUGUUCAGCCGGAUCAACUACAUAAAGCAAUCCGAGCGUAUAAAGAUAAAAAAGGAAGAAGCACACGCGUCUCAAUCGAACGGUACGGAAACUGACAAUCAAGAACUAUCUGCAGACGUAGAAGCAGCAGUACAGUGGCUUGCGAUCAACAUUGCUCCCUGGGCAACUGUGCUCAGCUUAUGGGAAGUCAGCUACCCGGCACGGCAGCAGCACUUGAAACAGUUUAGCCGGGCCCAGUCUGUAAUCGACCGUUACCCCCAAUUGCGUGAAGAGUUUGGAUUUCAAUUGGUAAACGACUAA